GGAAGAAAGGAAGGGAAAGAUAAAAGAAGGAAGGUAGGGAUGAAGGGAGAGAAGAAAAGGAUAGGUUAAGGAAGGGGGAGAGAAAAGAAGGAAGGAGUGGAGAAAAGGAGGAGAGAAGGAAGGGAGAGAGAAAGAGGAAGGAAGGAAAGAAGCAAGGAAGGAGAGAGGAAGAAAGGAAGGGAAAGAUAAAAGAAGGAAGGUAGGGAUGAAGGGAGAGAAGAAAAGGAUAGGUUAAGGAAGGGGGAGAGAAAAGAAGGAAGGAGUGGAGAAAAGGAGGAGAGAAGGAAGGGAGAGAGAAAGAGGAAGGAAGGAAAGAAGCAAGGAAGGAGAGAGGAAGAAAGGAAGGGAAAGAUAAAAGAAGGAAGGUAGGGAUGAAGGGAGAGAAGAAAAGGAUAGGUUAAGGAAGGGGGAGAGAAAAGAAGGAAGGAAUGGAGAAAAGGAGGAGAGAAGGAAGGAAGGAAGGAAGAAGGGAGGGAAGGAGAGAUAAAAAGGAUAGAGGAAGGAAGGGGAGAGAGAGGGGAAGGAAGGAAGGAAGGAAAGAAUGGAGGGAGGGAGUUAAAAAGGAAGGGAAAGAUAAAAGGAGAGAGCGAAAGAAAGGAUGGAGUAAGGAAGGGGGAGAGAAAAGGAAGGGAGAAGAGGAGGAGAGAAGGAAGGGAGAGAGAAAGAGUAAGGGAGAAAGGAAGAAGGAAGGGAGAGAGGGAGAGAGAAAAAGGACAGAGUAAGGAAGGGGCGAAAAAGAAAAGAAGGAAGGGCCUCCCUCUCCCCUUUCCGAAGGGCUGCCGAGGCGGGGCUUGGAGGGCUGCUCCUCCUCCCGCUCCAUCCCUGCUCCAUCCCUCCUCUUCUUCCUCAGAAGCGCAUCCCUCCUGACUGGAUCGCCGCCGCCAUGGACGCCUCAGUGGCGGGCGAGAAGGAGCGGGAGGCCGUGCAGCUGAUGGCCGAGGCGGAGAAGAGGGUCAAGGCCUCCCACUCCUUCCUGAGGGGGCUCUUCGGAGGGAACAGGGUAGAAGAAGCAUGUGAAAUGUAUACCCGAGCAGCAAAUAUGUUCAAGAUUGCCAAAAACUGGAGUGCUGCAGGAAAUGCUUUUUGCCAGGCUGCCAAGCUCCACAUGCAACUGCAGAGCAAACACGAUGCAGCAACCUGUUUUGUGGAUGCAGGAAAUGCCUACAAAAAGGCAGACCCACAAGAGGCUAUCAACUGCUUAAAUACGUCCAUCGAUAUUUACACAGACAUGGGCCGAUUUACUAUUGCUGCCAAGCAUCACAUUACCAUUGCAGAGAUCUAUGAGUCUGAGUUGGUAGACAUUGAAAAGGCUAUUGCUCAUUAUGAACAAGCUGCAGAUUAUUACAAGGGAGAAGAAUCCAACAGUUCUGCCAACAAAUGCCUUCUGAAAGUAGCUGGAUAUGCUGCUCAGUUAGAGCAAUAUCCAAAGGCAAUCGAAAUGUUUGAACAGAUUGGAACAAGUACUAUGGAUAACCCAUUGCUCAAACACAGUGCAAAGGAUUACUUCUUUAAAGCUGCCUUGUGCCACUUUAUAGUUGAUGAGUUGAAUGCUAAGAAAUUACUGGAAGCCCAUGAGGAACAAAACUGUGAAGCAUACACGGAAGCAGUUAAAGAGUUCGAUUCAAUUUCCCGCUUGGAUCAGUGGCUGACAACCAUGUUGCUUCGCAUAAAGAAAUCUAUUCAAGGAGACAAUGAGGGAGACUUGAAAUGAACUCUCCGUACAGUUUGUGGCAUUUUGUGAUUGUCUAUUGAAGUACACUGUGUUGUGGCCAAGGACCGUUCAGGGAUACUUGAUAAAUGCUUCUAGCUUAAAUGACUGGUGUCUUGUUUAGUAUCCUGUUGUGGCUCAUUCAGUGUAACUGUGCACAUGAGUUUAUCAAUUUAAGACUUUUUGUUUCGUUUCUAAAUGCAAAGUGUGGCCUGAUCCUAUGCAUUUUUACUUACAUGUAAAUCCCAUAUAAGGGGGAACUCUUUCUCAUGUAACUGUGCGUGUUUAUUUGGAAUCAAGUCCCACUCUGUUCAGUUGAACUUACUUCCUUGUAAUUGCACUUAAAACUGCAGACUCAAUAAUAAUGUAAAUCAAAUCAACUGUUGUGGAAUGCCAGCUACCCUGAAAUUAUUUGCUCGUAAUCCAGAUUUUCCUGCCUUUUCAACUUGGAUGUAGCAGUCGUGAGAAAGGGUUGGUGAUCUGAAAUAUAUUCAAGUUCUUUGAAGAUUUAUCACAUCAGUGUACACAACUUUUUCUGUGCAUUUUUUUGGGAGAGAACAGUUGCAGCUAGAAUGUGGGGUCUGGAAAGUGAAAGAAGUCAAGAAAUUUUAUCCUGCUUGAAAGAGCUUGAUGGCACCUUGUCCUGAUGGAAGGUCUAUUGUGCAUUAAGGUUACAGGAGUCCCAUCCUGGCCACCCUAAUAUCCUGCAGAAGAUCCAAAUUUAUAUUGGUGUACUUCUGUUUUAAAAUAUCAGAAUAUUGUCUUGGAGGUGUGGUUUUGAUUUCCUCUUAUGCAACAAUUCUAAGUUUUAACACUGAACUGAGAGGGCAACUAACAGACAAAGCCUCCUUUAUAGCAGAAGUGGCCAAAGUGUGCCUAUCCCACUGCUGUUGUUGCACUGUGAUGCCCUUCCUGGGGCUAGGGCUGCCAAGGGUGCAGUGCAACAGCAUCUGGAUGGCCACAUUUUGCCCAUCUCUACUUUACAGUCCAAUCCCAUGCAUGUUUUCUCAGAUAUUAAUCCCACUACUUCAGAGAGGCAACGGAACUCAGCCCUGUUGACACACUAAGGAAGCAUCCAUGGGAUUGCACUGGAUAGGGCAUUGUGUGUUGAAGUUGUGGAUUGCAGCCUUAAAUGGAGAUAUAGUACAUCAGCCUCAUUUGAUUACAAAAUCAAUAAUAUACACUUUGAUGAAUGCACAUUUUCUAUUGCUUUUACCAAAUGUUGCACACGUUAACAGGGUAUUGUGUCUUUAUUCUGAUGACAUGAACAAAUCAAAAGGCUUUGCUCUAAAUGUUAGUUGUGUAAUUUGAUGCUACGGUUAUUAAUAGAAUUUCUGAUGUAUUUUCUCUAGCUCCAAACUAGAAAGCCUUGUGCAAUAUCAUCCAUCUACUUGUAGUUUGGAAAAAUGUGAACAUGCAUGUGAAUAAAGCAGUACUAGCUCGCUCUUUGCUGGAAGCUCACUGCGAUUUCACUCGGUGUGCUUAUGAAUAUGUAGAAUUCUGAGAUAUAAACAAUGUCAGUUGCUUCAAAAGUAAAAAUGGAUUUUUAAUGACAGAUUUUUUUUUCUCAUUCUGUGCUGUUAUUUCUUCUUUCCUAAAUGAGGAGCUUCUAAAAUUUAGAGUCUAAAACCUAUAGCAGAUAUUGUUUAUAACAUGUGAAAGAAGUGAUAAUUCAGUUCAUUUUAUAUUGCUCCUCCAUUGCUGUUUCAGUCGUGCUAGUUAAUGCUAAUUUAAUAUAUACAUCGCACAAGUAUUUUUGUAUGCAUAAUACGGAGGAAAAAAUUACACUACAACCUAGGUCUAAAGACAUUAUCGAGCUUUGCUUUUCCAGAAUGUUCAUUUAGACCUGGCCUACCUGGGCAGACAAAUGAUACAGAAAUUGAGUCCCUUCUGUCCACCCCAUUCUGUUGCAUAUGUAGACCAGGCAACAGGCUUAACUUACAUGUGUUGCGAAGUGGGUAAAUUGAUGUACUGUACACCUCAAUGUAUGUGUGUGUGUACACCCAUAUCAGCCAUGCUAUUUGCCACUGGCCUAUUUUAACAAGGCAGAGAGUACAAUGUAAACUCAACCAUUGCCCCUCUGACCAAUGGUUUUCUGCUCUUGCAGCUAUCGUGCACUCCAACCCAAUCUCGUACAUACUGUUUUGGAUUAGCUUUCUUCCAAUUGUAGAUUUAAAGUUGCAUUUUCUCCUUAGCAAAGGGUGGGAUGGUGCAGCCUUCAAGAUGUUGUUGGACUGCAAGUCUCACAUUUCAUACGACUUGCUAUUCUGUUUAGGGCUGAGAAGGAGGUCCUCCUUAACACCCAGAGGUCCACAUAUUCAUCACCUCAAGAGACAAGGAGAUAGAGACUUUAUAGUGUUGUACUGAUUAGCUCUCCCCCCCUCCCCCCAGACAGAAGAUAUGUGUGUAAGUAAGGGUGGGCAGACAUGAUCUGCAGAAGCUUUGGAUUGCAACUCAUAUAAUCCUUUAUCAUUGACUAUGCAUGGUAGGAUUGAUGGGAUGGGUAGACCAGAAACUUCUGGAAGAAGCCCAUAGUUAUCCAUAACUGUCUUAGCAUGGAACAGCAGCAGGUAGUGGAAUAAGAUGGGAAAAAAUGGAGGAUGGGCAAGUGCUUUCUGUAAGGAUGUAUGAAUUCAUGAAUAUAUAUAUUUAUAUGGAUAUCCCAGGGUACUGAAGGCCCAUGUGGCAAUUAGCCAGUUUGAUGGACUGGGGGGCAUAAGUGCAUUACAAUAGAUAGAUAGAUAUGUAGACUUCUAUUUUUAUUUCAAAGACAUAUUUAUUCUGUGAGUUGUGACUCAUUUACUUCUAGUUCUGAACAUUGCUUGUGACACUUUGUGACAUGCUCCCUCAAGCAGUUUUCUAUGGUGUCAGUGCCACAAUUGUCAUUCAUGUGGUUGGUGAACUUUGUCAUGGCAUUUGGUUUAAGGAGAGGAAAGGGUCUCGGCCUCUCAAUUUCCUCAACCAGUCAUGAUCCUUAGGUAAGAUGGAUGCACGACUAAUUGAUUGCUAUGCAUACAUAUCUCCUUCAAAGGGUUUAAGAUUCUUGCCCAUUAUUCUAGCUCACAGAUUUCAAAAGCAGCUUCAAGGAAGCUGGCUUCAAUAACUUUUCAAACAAAAUUCCAAUAUGUUGCUGAAAUAUUUCAUAGAACAUCGGCAGUGUUGAGGCAGUAUUUUCAAUGUAUUUGUAUAUGCAAAUAUAGGUGGAUCUAUAAUUCUAGUUUAUUAGUGCUGGUGUUGUAGUUUAAACACUUGCGAAAUUUUAGCAGACAUGUACUAGUUGAUAAAUUCAGCGCUGAAAUCAUAAAGGCCACCUAGGGCUGCUUAAUUUGUAACAUGAUCCAUGGGUGUGACCAAUCUUUGUGAAUUAUACUGGGUUUCUACAUAUCGUUAGAGUUGGAAAAUACCCAAUUCCUUUAAUACCACAGCCAGCGGGGAUAUGGAUUUGGUCCUUAGCUAAAGAUGAAGGCUGUGGCUCAAUGUGAGGCUUGUAGAUUUCUGCAUUUACUAUUUUAUCAUGCCAAUUGUCAUUAAAAGAGUAUGAUGCCA